CCGUGCCAGAGAAAUCGAAACGGUCGCUGGAUGCGGAGGGUGGCUGGCGGAGCAGUUUUGCGACCAUCAUCAUCAGCCAGCAGCAGCAGUUUGUGCAAGGCACCAAGAAGACAAGAGCCAAGAGAACGGAACGGGAGUCGUAAAAAAAAAGACAAGAGUCGUCAUCGUUUUCCACCAUCAAAGUUCGUGAAGUGAAAUCCAAAUCCAACUUUUACUGCGUGAAAUCUGCACCAUACGAGUGAAAUUAGGCGUCAUUUUGUGCGUGCGGGUGCGAUCUUUGUGGGAAAGGUGGAAUUUUUCGAAUCGCGUCUGGGAAAAAUGGUGAAAAUCUCGCGAUGAAGUUGUGAAAAUCGAGCAGGACAGUUUUUUUUUUCGUCAAGACAAACGAGACAACAAGGCCAUUCCAAGAGUGAAAGAAUAUUGCCUGCAGCAAACGUCAGCAAGUUAAGAAAACGUCCGAAAAGAGGUGUUCCGCAAGAAAGAAAUAAAAGGUUGCGCAAAUUUCCCUAAGAACUCACGGGGCUCGGAUUCACGGUCGGAUGUUUUGCGGUGGGGCCUGCGGGAGGAAGUGCCGGAGGAGUGCAGUUAUUUUGUGUUCUCCGUUGUGUGUUUUGUGUGUGGAUUAGGAAUAGGAAGAACGGCCAGAAUUGCAGCUGACAGGUGUGCGUGUGAAGAAGAGACGUGUGAAAGGAACAGAGGAAGGAAACAACGGAAGCUGGUUGGAAGCAGCUGAGAGGUGCCGCUGCUGUUGCAGUGAAGGUGGAAGCGUUUGUGUGCACUUUGUGUAUACGUUGGAACGGCUACAAUAGUGCUCGGGGGACAGCGACCGAGAAAAGACACGGUGAGGUCCCCGAAGCCGAAGAUGGACACCGCCACGGGAUCUGGACUGAUGGAGGAGUACGACCUAAUGAAACAGUCCAAGUACCGGGUGUACAUGUCCAACAUCGAUAAGGCCCUGAAGAACUUCGAGUAUUCGAGCGAGUGGGCCGAUCUGAUUUCGGCUCUCGGCAAACUGAACAAGGUCAUCUCCUCCAACUCACAGUACCAAAUCAUUCCUAGGCGGAUUAAAAUUUCGAAACGUUUGGCGCAAUGUAUGCACCCAGCCCUGCCAUCCGGGGUACAUCUCAAAGCACUGGAAUCGUACGACGUGAUAUUCAGCAACAUUGGAGUAGAUCGACUGGCUUCGGAGUUAUUCAUCUACAGUGCGGGUUUGUUUCCCUUGUUGGGAUAUUCGGCCAUGAACGUUCGGCCAACGCUGCUUUCGAUCUACGAAAAGUAUUUCGUUCCAUUGGGUGAAAAGUUAAGACCUGCCCUUAGUGGCUUUUUGAGUGGCGUAUUUCCGGGACUUGAGUCUGGGCAGGAUCACUUCGAGCGAACCAGUUCCCUGUUGGACAAAGUUUGUGCUGCUGUGAAACCAGAAUGCUUCUACACCUGCUUGUGGGAAUGUAUAGUCACGAAUGCUUCCGUGCGCCUCCCCGCAAUCAGUUACGUGUUGGAACACUUUGAUAAGAAGCGAACCUGCUCGGAGCAGAAAGAACUGAUGGGAGGAAGCGUUGAACUUCUAGUCACCGGUUUGUGCAGCUGUCUCAAUGAUGCUGUAAUAUUGGUGCAGCGAAAUACUCUGGAGUUUCUGCUCUUAGCUUUCCCGCUGCAUGCGAUGAUUCUCUCCCAACGAGACGUUACCAAGCUAGUGAAGACCGCACUCAAUACCAUCCUGAGGCGAGACAUGUCCCUAAACCGAAGGCUCUACUCAUGGCUGCUCGGCGCGGACACCAGUCUCGGAAAGCACCUGGAAGACAUCGGACACGAUGGGGAAACCAGCGACCCAAACGCAUAUUUCGAGUCUCACUCCAAGCAGGUGCUCAUCAGUGCGUACAAACUCAUUCUCAAAGCCAGCAUCACCUCCAAUCCGCCAGAUCUUAGCCCCUAUCGGAUACUGAUCUCACUGCUCGACAAAGCCGAAAUAGGUCAACGCAUUCUGGAUGAUGUCCUGUGCGACAUCAUCCGAACCAUCUCGCUGUGCAUCGGAAACCUGGAGGUGCAAAAGAAUGCCAACGUCCUGUUUUCCACGUUCGAUCCGUCGUACAUCUGGAACUAUAUGACCACCCUCUACCGGGACGGGGCCAUGAAGAAACCUCCGGGGCGUUCGUCUUCCGCAGGAGGUUCCGGAGCCAGCAACGCCCCCAACUGCACCAACAUCAAGGAGCACAUCCGAAUAGACUCCGGUCCGCCGGGCACGGUGGAAGUGUGCUACCUGACGGAGUUCCUGCUGGAGACGCUCUCGCUGGAGAUCUACAACGAAACGACUCGGGUGUACCUGCCGAAGUUCUUGCUCUCGCUCAUCCGGAUGCUGACGGUGUACUCGGAGAACAUGAACUCGAACGAGGUGGCCGCCUCGCUGCGGCUGUGCGUCAAGAUUGUGUCCAAGGUGCAGCCGAUGAUCAUGUCGGAGAAGGUGCUGGAUCUGUCGAUAAGCACCCGCAGCAACAGCGUCACCCCGGAAGGCCAGGAAGCUAAAGAGACGGUUUCGCUCGAGAAGAGCAACUCCGACUCCAAAAUCCACGAAAGUUCCCUGCUGGUGGCGGACAGUUCCUUCACCCGAUCGAGCUCCAGCCAGGGUCUUAACAAGAAAGGGAAGUACAACAAAAAGUCGAAGAAAUCCAAAUCGUACACCAAGUUGAGCGAGCUGGACCAGAAUCCGCCGGGAAGUAAAAGCACGGCCAACGUCAGUGUAAUCUCCAACGGUGCAGAAGGUCGAUCGCACACGCCGAUCGCCACGGCAAGUUCCACGCCCAAUUUGAAGAAUGAGGAUGGCACCGGGGGUGAAUCGAGCCAGGAGGAGCGCCACAGUCUCAACAGUGACAAGGACGAUGUCCACUCGGAUAUUGUGAUCAAAGUUCCGACGCAGAUCGCCCCGGCACAGCUACCGGAUUGUCCCAUUCUGGAGAAGUGCAUCAAGCAGUAUGUGUUGUUCUAUGAGCUGUACGUGUGCAGGCAGAUCUUCGACGGGUCGAAUGUGGAAUCGAUGGGAAGCUCGACGUCGUCUUCGGAACAGGUUAGCUUGCAAGAUAACCUGUUCAUCAACCCGAGCGAUAGCAAAUGCUUGUUGAAUGAUGAUGUGUAUGUGAUAAAUGCUCUUCUUCCGGAAUUGGAGGAUACCUUCCAGGCGUUGAAAAUUGUGGGCGUGUCAGAUAGCAAGAAGUUGAAGGCAAUUUUGGCGAAGACGAUAGAGCGAGAGCAAGAUGAUGAGUUUUUUGAACGGUGGAACACAACAGAAGGCGUUCCGGAGCGGAGCUCGUUCGAAAUCGACUCUCUUUUGGCAUGUAAUGAGAAGUUGAAACGAUUGAUCAAUGUGAGGAUAUCGGAAUCGCUGAAGAGUGCACUGAAAUUGGCCUGCAAUGUGCUGACGGAGAUGUCGUCUUUCCCCAGUUACGGAAGCGAUAGCGGAGUGAACGAAAAAUGUGAUAAUAUACCUGGCUGGUUGAAGGCACUGACUAUCCUGGCUGCGUUCAUUGGGGAUUUGGAUACGCAACUUUCGGCCGCACAGACCCUGAUCGAUAUGAUCAGUUUGUUGAGGACGAAUGAUCGAAAGCCCAAAUCAAGUUACGGUACCACGUUUGUGAUGAUGAUGCCUUUGCUAAAGUUGUCCCACGUGCUCUUCCUGGAGAAGAAGACCAAGGUGUUCCAAGUGCUGACGACGAUGUUAUGGAACCACUUGGAAACGGGGCGACCUGAAGCGCGAAACAUCAGUGUUCUGCUGUACCGAAUCCACAGCUGUCUGGAUCCAAAAUUCACCGAGGAUGUUAUCAUCAGCAAGUUGGUCGUACCUCAGAGGGAAAAUAAUGCGAUGCAUAGCCGCGAUCUGCACGUGUAUUGGUCCAUUCCGACGUUAUCGAGUACGGAGCUCAAAAUCGACCCGGCUGGCUUUCGACGCUUUCAACUUUUGUGGAAACUCGGUCGCGAUACGCAUCAUGGAAGAGAGUUCGAGAAGUUGAUGUUCCUCAUCUUGGAUGUCUUGACUCUGCCGAGCAAUUUGUCGAUUCAGGUGGCCGUGUCCAAAUGGCAACAGGAAGCGCUAGUUCGAGGCGAUAUGGGACGAAUUCUGAAGCCUCUGUUGAAGAUCCUGCUGAAUGAAAGCACCAAGCGGAUGAGUAUCAUCUACACGAAACGAUACAAGCAGGAUAACGAUACCGGAAGUGAAUGGGAAAAAGAUCUGGUAGCGGAUGGAGAUUCGUUUCUGGACAAAGAAUGCUUUGCUGUUAGCUCCGAAGAUGGCUGCAUCCGUUACCAUAUGGAUAACGUUUUGAGCAAAAAACGUAGCCCAAUUCGGACCAUUCAGAAGAAGAUAUUUGGAGUGUCAAUUGGGUCGAAGUCCAACAGUAGUCAAGUGUCGAAUUACAUAACCAAUGACAGUUCGAAAGAAGUCGCUUCAACGGUGUCGGCUGACGACAACAAUUUCACGAAGAUGUCGGUAAUUAUAAACCCGCUGGAAACGGAGCUGAAUGGAAAGAGUCCCAAAGCGUUACGCAACAGAUCCAAUUCGAUGGGUUUGAUUGAUUGCGAGCAAAGUACGGUGGAGACGGGGUCCCUUACCAACGGGAUAGAUAAGAAGGAAUUCCACAGGUCCACAUCGGAUAUUGACGAAGCGAGCGACGGAGAUUUUGAGCGAAAGAAAGGCCGUUUGAGCGAGGGAAGUUACAGCCGGUCUACGACGGCAACGGGAUUCUACGAUACUGAAACGAUCAAGCGGUACGUAGAAGACGGUCCAAUUAAGGACUUUGUGAGCGUAUCGGGCGAUCGGUUUAAGAACAGGAAAACCUAUCUUAUCUCUUCUAGCGGUUUGGGCGCGAUGGCGACGGAUGAUGAAGGCUUCGUGUCGUCGAUUUCCGAGCGAGGUUUGAACUACUCAUUUACGUCGAAUGCAUCCUCCGUCACGGCAACGGGAAACGAUGCGGAAAUUGUUUUCGGCACUGGUCCUGGAGAUCCCACGGUAACUGCUUCAGAGACGCCCUCGAGUGGAAGCGUUUUCGGGGGCGAUUCGCAACGUAGCAGUAGCAACAGCAAGGAUGGCGCAAAAGGUAGAGACGGAGAGCUGUUUGGGUUCGGUCGGCGUAAAAAUUGGAGGAACUUGUCCAAGCUAUAUCCGUUUCAUACGCACUUCUUGAUCUACGAAUCGAUAUUCAAUACUAAACAGAUUUUGUACACUUUGGAGACGUUGAAGAAUAUUUUAGCGAAUGAUAGCCGGUUCUUUUUGUGUCUUUCGGUGACGACUUCGGUUUCGAGUAGCCAGAUUCGAACGUUGCUGGUGCGACAUAGAAGGAACGUUUUCGGGAAAGGAUUCACAGAUGGGCAUGACGAUGCCGAGUAUCAAAGCAUAUACAGAGGCUGUAUGUAUCUGGAAGUGAUUGUCACUAUUUUACUUUAUUACACUCGAAGCUAUUAUCAAAAGGACGAAGAGCAGAAGGCUCAACCCUCGAAAGACGAUCUGAAUGGGAAUUCCAAGAUUCAGCUCGAAUGCAUUGAGCUGAUGAAUAAAAUCUUUAGCGAGCUCUUAACGAUAGUCAAGGACGUAGGAAAAAACUUGGCGAACUACAUCGCGGAUCUGAUGGAGAAGUGCAAGGUGCAGAAAAUUUUGCUGUACUGUCUGACAUCUUCCGUCAAUUACUUCACGUCGCCACAGUGCUACACUUAUUCGGAUGAAAUCCUAGCUUAUAACGAUCCGGAAAGUUCUCGCCUCUACGCAGAAGCUUAUCAGAUCGAAUUACUUAACCUGCUACUAGCGGUUAUCAAGUUAGAACAUGAAAUUAUGAUCCAGCGAAACGAUGAACGUUUCAACGAGGGCAUCAAGAACGUUCUUUCGAGUAAUUCUCCAACGCGACCCGCCCCUGAGAAUAAACGCAUCUACAAGUACAUUCCCAAUCAGCUAGUUAGCCAGCAGCCGAUGUUCCUAUCGGCGGUCUUAUCGGCGCUGCAUUCAGAAAAGCUGAAACACAUUCACAAAAACUGGACCGACAUGAUAACCUCCUGUCUUACCUGCCUGCCGUUGAACAACCUGACCAACAUCGUCAUCAGCAUUAUCCACCAGCUGUGUGCCAAUUUGGACCGAAUCACCAAACGGGACCGAAUUAACAACCAGUGUACCGACUAUAUCGUUUCCCAGCUGGAAGCUAUCACAGUAUUAUCCCACUACUGCCUCCUCGACAGCUCCCAACAAAUAUCCCUAGCAAACGUGUUCAGUGCUUCGAGCAGUCUUACGUCCCCUGCUACCAACUCCGGUCAAAUCAUCAACAGUAUCGUAAACGUGUUCCUCUCUUCCUCCCUUCUGAACGUUAACCAAGCCAAAAAUAGUCACCAAGAAGUAGCCAAAACAGCAAUCCUUAGUCACCUGCCCCGUAUCAUCAUCACUAUUGCCACUCUCUGGGAAACCAGCAUUAGCGAGUUCCGACACGUCAAGCACCAGCUGCUAGAAUUUCUUAGCCCAAUCUCACUGCACUACGGCACCAACUUUCUCACCGCCAUUUCCGUUGCCUGGUACGAACGCUGCACCGACAUUUUCAGCACUGCGAUCACAGUAGAUAGCACCUCGGCUGACGGUAGCGCCGAAGGCAUCGAUUUCUUCGAAGUCAUGGCCAAAGCACUGCCCCAGGCGAACGAAAACCAACUUCUGCUCGUCAAACUCAUCUCCGGCAUUCGGAUCAUGUCGGUCGAUUCGUUCAUUCAAACCAUGCACCAAGUCAUCAAGUCCCCUCCGCAAAUCUACCAGCCACCGGUCGGGUUCAACAUCGAAGUCAGCGCCCUGGAGUUGCUAUUCUUCUACCUGAAAAGCGUCGCUCAAACUCAGUUCAACGACUGCUGGAGUUCGCUGUACGCUCUGCUGAAAGACUGUCUUUCGUUGCAAAUUCCGGCCCAGUUUGUCGCCCUAUCCAUUUUGAACGAGUUUGUCCAGCGAUGUUCGGUGAUUCCAUUCACGGACAAGAAGGAUCUACGUGAUCUGCACGACGUCACAUCGCGACUGGUGGAGGCCAUCUCCAAUGUUGCGGGAUCAUGCCUGGAGCAAACCACCUGGCUGCGGAGGAACCUUUCGGUGAAGGAGGAGUUCAGCUCGAUCGAGAGCACCAAGGACGGUCUGUUGAUGCCCUCCAAUCAGCACUACUCCAUCCAGGCGCAAUCGAUUCUGGCCAGCAUCUUGGCCCCGCUUCUGGACGUGGUGUUCAGCUCGCAGGAGAAGGACAAGGUAACCACGGUGGUGACCGGAGUCAUGUACAACAUUGUGCCUUAUCUGAAGACCCACACGGCGAAGAACAUUCCGACGUUCCACGCGUGCUCCCACUUGCUGGCGAGUUUGAGCACCUACCAGUAUACUCGAAAGGCAUGGCGCAAAGAUGCCCUGGACCUGCUGCUGGAUGCGACCUUCUUCCAGUUCGAUAGCCGCUGCUUGCCCUACUGGAAAACUAUCCUCGAUAGUUUGAUGACCUGUGAUAAUACCACUUUUAGAGAUCUUAUGAAUCGCUUGCCACUAGCACAAACCGGAACGCUGAACAUAUUUACUUCCAAGGAGCAAGAAUACGAACAGAGGGCUCUGCUUCUAAAGCGGCUAGCGUUCGUCAUUUUCUGCAGCGAGGUGGAUCAGUACCACAAAUACAUGCCGGAAAUUCAAGAACAACUUGCCAACAGCUUGCGACUGCCGCAGGUAGUGCCCCUCAUCCAGUCCGCGGUAUUCCUCUGUUUCCGAGUGCUGCUGUUGCGAAUGUCGGCUGACAACGUGACCAGUCUCUGGCCGAUCAUCAUCGCCGAAAUGGUCCAAGUGUUCCUCUCGAUCGAGCAAGAACUGAUGACAGAUACCGAGGAGUUUAGGUCGCAAUCGAGUCAACACAUCCGGAUGUUGUCCGGGUUGGAUACGGCUUGGGUAACCAACACCAACAAUGGGCUGUAUUCGUACGGACAUCCUCACUGGCGAAUGGUUCAGUUGGAAACGGCGAAGUUGCUGGAGCUGGGAUGCGUUCUCCCGGCGACAAUUUUGCCGCACUUCCAGAUGUAUCGCUGGGCCUUCGUCAGUAGUCAGAACGAGCACUACAUGACUCCGGGAAGUUAUGACGACGCCAAGAGUGUGGCCUUCAUUCCACAUGUAACCCGGAUAUCGCAACUGAUGGACUUCCGGUACACGUCGCAUUCUCCGAAGCCCCAAUCAACCAAGGGCAGCCACAUCAUGCUGACCUGCCAGUCUAUCAACACCCUGCAGGAUCUGUACAGCUUCUUCUCGACGCUGUCGAUGCGGUGGCCGUCGCACAUCUCCUACACGGCAGACACCGAGAAGGACACUAAGAACUGCCUGGACGAGGUGGAGAAAGUGCUGGCACUGGAUUUCCUCGAAAAGAUGCCCUCAGCGGGCAAGUGAGACUGCGAUGGGGUAAGUACGUCCUAUCUUUCUCCCUUCGGAACCAUUACAGGGCACUUACCAAGGGCGCCCGGUUCAUUCGUGUAACUCAUCAAUUGUGAUCCCAUAGUUUUUUUUUCGUCGUCGUCGUGUAGUCCCUCUCUUACCCCCGAUUAUGUGUACAGACAAAAUUUAUCAAAAUAACAUUAUUUAUUCUAAAUUAGACGUGUAAGUGAAAGUCAGGAAAUAAAGAAAGCCCCAUGCGGUUGUUAUGACUAUAACGAGAUAAAUCCAACGUUUGUACUAUUCCGAGUAGCGAAAUGCGAAGAGUGAUAUAAAAUUAGAGAAUGUUAGCACACAAGAUAAACUUAACACAAGUAAGUCACGGUUAAGAUUAGGAAAGGAAAAUGGCAGAGAGAUAGAGAGAGUUAUAAUGUAUAAUACUUCAACAAAAUGAACUAUACAUGUUCUGCUAGCUUAUUUUUCUACGAAUGCAGAAGUUCCUUGCAUAUAUGAUAUAGCAACUGAAAUAACUAAGAAUCGUAACAGUACGUUAAAAAUGAGAAAAUUGGCAAUUUAUCGAGAUACUGUCGUGACUUCUGUUUAUGUGAAUAUUUUAAUAUAUUUUUAAAACAUUCGCGAUUGUUAAAAAAA